AUGGCUCACGCAGGCAUCAAAACGGUCAUCCUGCUCUCGUUUGUGCUGGCAGUGGGGUUCCUCCUCAUCAUCCUGUCGUGUGCGCUAUGGGGCAACUGGCUGCCGCUCCUCGUCGCCUUGACCUUCGUGGUGGCACCCCUCCCAAAUGCCAUGUUCUCUCGCUGCGGCGGCGACGACUUCUCGACGGAGUACGACGGGUCAGGGCCUGUGGAUCUCGGCCGAUUCAUCACCGCGUUUGUCGUCGUCACGGGCUUCGCGCUGCCCCUGGUGCUCGCGCACUCCGAAGUCAUUGCCCCUGGCGCGUGCGCGAUGUCCAUUGCUGGCGGAGCUCUUGUGUACGGGACGAUCCUGGCGUACAGCGCAACGUUCACAGAAGCGAGUUCGGAUUUCGACUAA